AAAAGUGCUCUCUGCAUACAACUCAAAAUGUCUAUCCUUGGUAUCAACUUUGGUCAAUCAUACGCCUCCAUUGCCGUCAUCGACAAGGAGGGCCACCCCACAUGUAUCGCCAACGAGGAGGGUGAGAGGCAGAUCGCCUGUGCCAUCUCCUACGCCGGCGAGCAGGUCUACAUCGGUAACGGGGCCAAGCCUCACCUCGUCAAGAAUGGCAAGAACACCAUCAUGGGCUUCCGAAACCUCCUCGGCCACUCUUACGACGAAGUAGACCACACCGCCAUCCUCACUGCUCCCCUUAUCUCCACCUCCACCACCCCUGCCUACACUGUCGACGUCCUCAUCCCUCCCCCCGCCAAGGGCAACAAGUCUGGCGCUACUUCUGGUGCUGCCACCCCUGCCGCCGCCGAGCCCGUCGCUUCCCAAAAGACCCUCUCCGUCCCCGAGGUCACCACCUUGUUCCUCUCUACCCUCUUCACCUCUGCGACCGAUUUCCUCGGUACCAAGCCCACCGCCGCCGUCAUCUCUGCGCCCUCAUGGUUUACCGCCGAGCAGAAGGACGCUCUGAGAAAAGCUGCCAAGGCUGCUGGCAUCAACGUGCUCCAGGUCUUGGACGAGGCCGCCGCCGUCCUUGUCGGCUACAGGGCUGGUCUUAGUGAGGAGAGGAAGGAGAGGGGUCUUUUGGGUAACCCUGAGGAGGGCAACGCCGGUGAGGAGGAGGCUAGGGACAAGCGAGUCGUCGUGCUCGACAUGGGAGAGACCUCUUUGAACGUCACUGUUGCCCAGGUUUCUGAGGGAGAGUACACCGUCUUGGCCAAGGGCAAGGAUGACAAGGUCGGUGGUAGAGAAUUCGACAACUUGCUCUUGAAGCACUUUGCCAAAGAGUUUACCAAGAAGACCAAGAUCGCCCUCGACCUCCCCUGUGGCGAGUCUGCCCCUGAGGCCGACAAGCGAGCCGAGGCCAAGCUCCGUCUUGCCGUCGAGCACACCAAGCGAUCAUUGUCUGCUUCCAGCGGUGCCGCCACCUGUGCCGUCGAGUCCCUCAAGGACGGUUACGACAUUUCUUCUUCCAUCAACCGACUCCGAUUCGACGGUCUCGCUGCCCCCGUGUACCGAAAGAUCAGCGCUGUCGUCUCCAAUAUCGUCAAGGAGGCCGGUCUUGACCUUGCUCAGAUUGACGAGGUCCUCCUUGCCGGUGCUUCCACCCUCUUCCCCGGAUUACAAUCCAACCUCUCCUACUCUUUCCCUGCCACCACCCCCAUCACCGCUACUAUCGAUCCUGCCGAGGUGAUUGCUGUCGGCUGUGCCCUCGAGGCUUUGCACCUUUCCACCCUUUCAGACGGUCUCAAGAUUGAGGACGUGCUCGCUACCGUCGCUGAGGGCAAGGUCGACACUACCUCUGCCCCUAUCGGUAUCGUUCUUCCCGGACAAGAAGCCAACACCCUCGCUGCCGUCGUCGUCGAGUCUGGUGCCCCUCUUCCCGUCAGGCGACGAGUCGCCAUCCCUGCCCCCGCCGGCAAGGUCGCCCUUGAGCUCUGGGAAGGUAAGCACGAGGUCAAGGUCGACCUCAUCCAGCCUCCUCCCCGAGAGAAGGACGAGGACGACGAGGAUGAUGAGGAUGACGAAGAAGAUGAGCCCGAGGAGGUCAAGACUGCCAUCACUGUCAAGACCAAGGCUCUUGGUGCUGUCGAGGUCGAGCUGAAAAAGGAAAACAACCUUGUGCUCGAAGUCAUCGUUCAGCGAGAUGGUGGCCUCGAGGUCAGGGCUUGGGAAGAGGGGCGUGAGGAGGAGGCCGACAAGCUUGAGGCUUAGAUGUGUUUAGAGUGAUAUAUUGUAUACAUGCAUCUGCAUACGACGG